UUUAAAUUGACGGGUUCUCUGGAUUUUCAAAGAUGUCAGUAUGGAUUGCGAUUAUGCACAUUCAAGAUGCCGUGAACAUAUUGCUAGAAUCCAAGUAUGGAGAUGGCGAUGAUCGUUGAGCGAGCUGGGUCUACGCCGCCGAUACAUCCGCACCUACGCACAGCAAACAUCGUCUUAGCUUCCAUCGGGAUUACAAUUAGUACCAGCUGUAUCAUGAUGCGGAUUUAUGCAAAGGCUCGCUUACUAGAAAAAUUGUGGUGGGAUGAUAUGUGUAUCAUAAUUGCCUGGAUCUGUCUUUUGGCAGCCCAGGUUCUUAUUAUAGUUGGUUAUGCUGAUGAGCUCAUUGGAGUCCCGUUAUGGUCCCUUACUCAAGGAACUCUAGACAACUAUCGAAAGUUAGUGGCAGCAACCUGGGCGAUCUAUUCCGCCGGCCUCGCAUUCUCCAAGUUCGCCGUGUUAAUGCUCUAUUGCCUUCUCGUCAGGAAAACCCAUGACCAUAGAAGGAUAUACAUAGUAUAUAUCACAGCCGCCUUCAUUGGAGCUAGCACUAUCGCCUUGAUCCUUGGUCUCAUGUUGUCUUGCAAACCGAUCAGCGCUGGAUGGCAGGGAAAUAACCCCGGAGCUUGCCUGUGGCGAACCUAUGUUUACCUCGCAAUGGCUAUCAAGAACAUCAUUGCCGACGUUAUGUUAAUCCUUAUCCCGAUUCCAAUGGUGCGGGAAUUAUCUUUACCACUUACUCAGAAAGUAGGAUUGAUGUUCAUGUUUGGGAUUGGAUGUUUGACUCUCAUUACGAGCUUUGCUCGCCUAGCAGCUAUCAUCACUAUCGUCGGAAAAAUGGAGCAGUCACACAACCUUGGCCUUGCAUUUAUGUUUGUGACUAUUGAGGCGAACUUCAUCCUCAUUUGCGCGACGCUUCCAUACCUACGCCAGUUUUGCCGCCAUUACUGUUCCCGGUGGAUUGGCGCAUGCGACAGUAGGAGCUCUGAUAGACGGACGUCCAGCAACUCCAGGAAAGAGCAAAGGCCUGGUCCCGUCGGGCAUCAUUAUGAUGUUGAGAUCGGUAUACAGCGUGGAAGUGGCUCUCAUACUAUGGAGGAGUCAGGGCAAAAAAGUGAGGACUCUAUUAUUCCGCACCCUAAUGAAACUUUUUACCCGUCACCAGCGAGCGCAUCAUAGAGAAAGACACCUUUAGACGAUGAAUGACCCAUGUUCUUGUGUCCUCUUUUGAGUAAGGGUGAAG